AUGGCACCUGAAUAUCUAAUACACGGAGAUGUGUCGGCCAAGACAGAUGUCUUUAGUUUUGGUAUGUUGGUUUUGGAUACUGUGGUGGAUAAUUGGUUGGAAGGAACACUGUCAGAUAUAAUUGAUCCCAGAAUUGAUGUCGAUUCAAUCUUGGUGACAAAAUUAAUCGAGAUUGGGUUGUUGUGUGUUCAAAGAGAUGAUGCAGUUAGGCCAACUAUGGAGGAAGUUGUUGACAUGUUGCUUGGAACCUCAUCUCUAACUCUCCCUGUAUCGGCAAUGCGAGGAAGGAUGUCCCUUGAUUUUGAUUCAAAUGAGUUUGAAGGCAGUGAUAUCAGUGAAGAUGAAGAGUCUUGUCAGAAAUUCAAGAUUGAUAUAAACAAGUUUGAACUAGAGCUUCGAUUGUGA